AAUGAAUGCAUCGUUUAGACGCCUCACUGAACAUCAGCAUCAGAGCGUAAGGGUUUAGAGAAGAAUAUGGCGGCCAAAAGGAAGACCCCCGUCAAGUCCCGAAACCCAGAUCUCAUUCGUGGCGUCGGCAAGUAUUCCAGGUCUAAGAUGUACCACAAGCGUGGCCUUUGGGCCAUCAAGGCAAAAAACGGCGGCUUUUUCCCCCGCCAUGACCCCAAACCUAAGGUCCCCGCCUCCGCCGAGAAACCCCCCAAGUUUUACCCUGCUGAGGAUGUCAAGAAGCCCCUUCUCAACAAGCGCAAGCCUAAACCCACCAAGCUCAGAGCAAGCAUUACGCCUGGGACGGUGCUGAUUUUGUUGGCUGGUAGAUUUAUGGGGAAGAGAGUUGUUUUCUUAAAGCAACUUCCUUCUGGGCUUCUUUUGGUUACUGGACCGUUCAAGAUUAAUGGCGUUCCUUUAAGGCGUGUGAACCAAUCCUAUGUCAUUGCGACUUCCACUAAGGUUGACAUCUCCGGAGUUAACGUAGAGAAGUUUGAUGAUAAGUACUUUGCCAAGGAAGUAGACAAGAAAAAGAAGAAGAGCGAAGGGGAGUUUUUUGAAGCUGAAAAAGAGGAUAAGAAGGAACUGCCAGAAGACAAGAAAGAAGAUCAGAAAUCUGUCGAUGCCUCUUUAAUAAAGUCCAUCGAGGGAGUCCCAGACUUGAAGGCCUACCUUGCCGCAAGAUUUUCGCUAAAGUCUGGCAUGAAACCGCAUGAACUUGUCUUCUAGAAUGUGAAGAAGAAGACGACGACGAUGGUGCUGAACUUGGAUGUGUUUUGAAAAUAUUAAAAAGAGCUUGGAAAAUGACAAUGGUAGAGGUCUGUGAACGACGGUGGGGUUAGGUGUUGGGUCGGGGCUUGAGCGACCGAGCAAGGCUGGCGAUGUUGUGGUCAACAAGGAUGGUGCUGGGAGAAGAAAGAAAAAAAUUAAAAAUUUGAAUUAAUUAAAGGUUUUAUUUUUAGUUUAUUUCUAACUAAUAAAAAUUAAAAGAAAAUUGAUAAAAAAUUCAAUUAAAUUAUUUUUUAGUACA